GCCAAGCAUAUAAAACUCGAAGUCUGCCAUUUGAAGAAGCGAAUCUUAGUCGUAUUUCUCAACCCCGUCUUUAUUUUGCACGAGUAUAUCCAGAAAAUGCCCAUGUCCCAUUUGAAAGAAUUUUGCAUACUGAUGUUUUUCUCAACAUUCUUUGCUGUUGGUGUCUCUAAGCCAAUAAGCUAUUCAAACAGCAUUCAGGAACAGGCCCUGCGAAAGAGAGCCAACCUCUAUGUUGUUGAGACGACGUUUACUGAUACUCAAACAAUCUACUGGAUCCCACUUGAAUCCCAAGGAAAUAUUGCACAAGCACCCCCAGAUCCCGCACCAAGAACUGCAUCCAGACCUCUAGCCGAGCUGGAACAGCCUGGAGCGGAUUUAGGACCCCCAGGAACUGUUCCGAUUCCACAGGUUAACCUGGAUCAUCUCUCUAACACGAUCAUCAAAUCCUCACCAGAAUUUAAGAAUUCAAAGAGACAGGAUUCGGUCUCAGGCUCGCAUUGGUAUGUGUCAUCCAACCAAAGUGUCAGCAACCUUGGCGGCUCGGGAAUUUUCAGUCUAUUCGAAGCAUACACAGAGAGUUCUGCAGACUUCUCUCUGAUACAAACCGCUGUCACGCGAGAGGACGUAUCGAUAUCAUGGCGAGGAUUUCCAAUACCUUCCACUCAAACCGUAGAGGCAGGAUGGAUCAAUUACAAAGACCAGAUCUCCCAACCCCAUCUGUUUACCUAUUAUACCACCAAUGGCUACAUAGGGGAAGGAGACAACCAGGGCGGGUGGAACACAGAACAUGUGGGCUGGGUCCAAGUCGACAGGAAAAUCCAUCCCGGUUCGGUUUUCACGCCAUUGAGUGUGAAUGGAGGUGUUCAGAAUGAUCUGAGGAUCGAGUACGCGCUUUUUCAUGAAAAUUGGUGGCUUUCUGUGGAAGACCGUUGGAUUGGAUAUUACCCAGGAUCAUUGUUUAGCUUUCCUAGCUCUGAUGCUCCUGGGAAUACUUUGGCUGGAGGCUCGAGCAAAAUGCACUUUUACGGGGAAGUCUUGAACAUGGAGGAAAGUCUCACAACCACUGAGUAUGCGCUUUACCCAUUUUAUACGCUUUCAAAACAUUUAUCUUACUUCUUCAAGACUUUUUGAGUUCCCCAGCUUUGAUCGAGCUUCUUCUUGAAAGCCAAUAAUAUAUACUGAUUUCUUGUAGUAUGGGAAGUGGACAGUGGGCUUCUACUGCAUAUGGCCACGCUGGCUAUAUUAUCAACAUGACUUACAGGAAUACCAACAACGUCAAAAUGCCUUUCAAAGGCGGCGAUUUCACAGACUCGGAUAUCACGAGAUACACGCAUGAGGCUGAUUUCAUGAGCGACACUGAUAAGGGAAGCUAUAUGUAUAUUGGAGGUCCAGGCGCCGGCGGGGCUGUCAAUGGAUAGACUUAUUUCGUGGUUAAAAUUGGGAGCCCCAGGGGUACAGAAAAUUGUGAUUUGCUAAGCGCAGGAACGUCCGUGUGAAU